AUGGGCGCUAGUGGCAGCAAAAGGGAAUUAUCCGAAGAAGAAAUAGAAUUUCUCCUGAAACAAACCAAGUACGACCGGGAAGCCAUAAAGAAAUGGCACGAGGCGUUCAUCAAAGACUGCCCCGACGGCCGGCUCACGAGGAAAAAGUUCAUGAAGGUCUACAGCAUGUUCUGCCCCGGCAAGAACACGGAGGCGUUUCGGUCUCACCUCUUUCGUACUUUCGACGCGAACGGGGACGGGCACAUCAGCUUCCGCGAAUUUCUGCUGACUCUGGACAUGACGUCGUCUGCGAAGCCGGAAGAGAAGCUGAAGUUGGCGUUCAAGAUGUACGAUGUGGAUGGGAACGGGUACAUCGAAAUUCACGAGAUGACGCACAUAUUGGACUCGAUAUACUCCAUGAUGGGAGUUCCGGCCUGGGUUCGAGGCGCGCCUCUGUGCGGCCCUCUCUCUCGGGUCUCUUAG